UCGGAAAAGAUUAAUUUCCUCGCCGUUUGGGAUUCCACUCUCCAGCAAUCUGAGCUCCCCCCGGUUAAAACACGUCGUCCUCCAUUCCCCUUUCACCCGGUGAUCUCCCAGGACGAUUCCAUCAUGGGCGGCGGCGGCGGCGGAGGAGGAGGAGGGAGCGGCGUCGGCAACGCCCACGACGACGACGACUGGGAGCAGCUGGUGGCCGCCGGCGCCGCGGUUGCCGCCGAUGUCACUCUCGUUCUCGUCGGGAAGGUCGGCUCCGGGAAGAGCGCGACCGCGAACAGCAUCCUCGGGAGUGAAGCGUUCGCGUCGCGGUGGUCAUACGCCGGUGUCACUCAGACCUGCCAGAUGAGGAACACCGUGUUUCAGGAUGGAUGCGCGUCCCGCACUGUAAAUGUUAUCGACACUCCCGGUUUAUUUGACAUGGACAUUACCGCCGAAGAUGUGCGUAAAGAGAUCGUCAAGUGUAUGGACAUGGCAAAAGACGGGAUACAUGCUAUGCUUUUGGUUUUUUCAGCUAAGUCUCGCUUCUCUUGCGAGGAUGAGAAGACAAUUGAGUCCAUCAAAUUGUUCUUUGGUGAUAAGAUCCUUGACCACAUGGUACUGGUUUUCACUCAUGGAGACGAAGUAGGUGGGGAGACCAACUGGAAAAACAUGUUAUCUGCCACUGCCCCUCCGUAUCUUCAGAACAUUCUUAAGUUAUGUACAAAUAGGGUGGUUCUUUUCGACAAUAAGACCAUCGAUGAUCACAACUGUCAGACACAACUCAAAAGGUUGCUUGAUGCAGUGGACCUGGUUAUUUCAAGCAAUAAUGGGAAUCCAUUUUCGAAUGAGAUGUUCACUAACAUUCAGGAAGCACGUCAUAGACAGAAGGAUAUCAAUUCUAAGGUAUAUUCAUCAAAGGAGAUUGACGGUGAAUACAUUUCCCUCGUAACCAAUAUGGUAGAAGAAAAGUUAAACAGCACAAUCCAGAGUCUACAACAGCAGCUUCUCAAAGAACAGGAAGCAAGGCUGGACAUACAGAAUGAGAUGACCAAAGUGAUCUUAAGAUCAGAAGAGGACACCCGGAGACUCAGGGAGAUCCUAGAGAAGGCCCAACAAGAGAGUAACAAUGCUCGUGAGAAAAACAAGAAGCUCAUGGAAUCCGAGAAGGCUAGGCAAGAAAAGGAGAAAAAAAGAAAAGAGGAGGUUCGUAGGCUUAAAGAUAACCUGGAGAAGGUUCGGCUGGAGAGUGAGCACCACAGAAAGAUGUUUGAGAAUAAGAAAGAGUGCACCAUUCUCUAACUCGAUCACCUGUUGUUGGUAAAGUUUGCCAACUUGGAGACUGCCAGCUUUUUACCAGAUGAAUUCUGCUUACCCUGAUAUUUAGGACUGGAAUCAUGCUUGUUAAUUUGGCUGGAAGUUCAUGCUACCUUUAGAGAGACAAAUCUAUGGUUUGUGCUGCACUAUCUUGCAUGCUUCGUUCAUCCGAAGAACUGUGCUCCUGUAAUCCUGUAUCCUGUUGCAUGCUGAAGAUCUAAACUGAACUUGUUGCUUUUGCC